CAUUUGAGCUAUUCGCAUUUAGUGUGAGUUCGUCGAGUCCAAUACACGCAUCAUGAGCAACAAUCCAAUAAGCGAGUCCAAACUGCAGGAAUACUACGAGGUGGCGCUAGAUCUCGUCAAGAAAUGUGGUCCACUGUUAAUGGAAGGUUACUCCAAGCCGAAGACCGACUAUGUGGUCAAAGCGGAUUUCUACGAUUUGGUCACAGUGUAUGACAAACAGAUUGAGGACACUCUAAUUGAGGGACUGCAAAAAGCUUUUCCAGAGUCGCUAAUCAUUGGCGAGGAAGAAUCUGCAGCAGCGCAUCGUCAGGCGGAGUUGACAGAUGCUCCCACUUGGAUCAUUGAUCCCAUUGAUGGCACCACGAAUUUUAUUCAUCGCAUUCCACAUUGCUGCAUCUCCGUUGGAUUGGCCAUUAACAAAGAACUCGUUGUUGGCAUCAUUUACAAUCCGCCGGCUAAUGAAUUGUUCUCAGCGUGGAAGGGACACGGUGCCUACUUGAAUGGAAAUCCCAUUCACACCUCCAAAGUAACCAAGAUCAGCCAAGCGGUUGUUGCCUAUGAAAUCUCAUUGAUACACGCCGGAGCUGUGCGAGACAAGCACUUGAAGCGUGUUUAUAAGAUGGGCUCAAAUGCCACUGCCACGCGCAGCUUUGGGAGCGCUGCACUCGCCUUGUGCUAUGUAGCAACGGGUCAAUGUGAUGCCUAUCACGUUGAGGAUCUCAAGCCCUGGGAUAUUGCAGCAGGCGCUGUCAUUCUAACCGAGGCAGGGGGCAACAUUUAUCAUACCAAAGGUGGUAAAUUUGAUGUAAUGAAACCCGAUUUGGUCUGUGCAGCAACAGAGGAGUUGACUAAAGCGGUUAUUCAGUUGAUUGAGGAAGCCAAUCAGAUUACAGAAUAUACAUUCAAGUGAAUUUACUCGGUGCUGACUGAUCUUGUGAUCAAACAUUCAAAAUAAUGGAUCUUUUUGUAAUAAUUAAAAUUGUUAGUAUUGAUUUAAGAGUGCCAUCGAAAAAGUAAUUCCACCUCAAAAACAUUGCGAAAAAUAAUAGAACAAAUAUGGAAAAUAAAUGUACUACUGAAUAUAACAUAAACUCAAUGAGAAAUUAGCGAGUAAUCACAAUAAAUAAAGAGAUUUGAGGAUCA